ACCUUGAUUUGUAAUCCUCUUCCGCGGUAGUAAUCAUCAUACAUUGGUGAUGAUUUUGUUCCAAUUUUCAUUUUUUUUCUACUACUUUUGAUGUUGGCCAAAUAUAAAUUUCCAAUGCGAUUAACAACAUCGAAUGGAACCUUAAAAAAUGUAUCUGAAAUUUUGUAAAAUUGAUUUUGUGGUAGUGAUUCUAUCAGCGAUUGGCAAUAUUUUUGUCAUCGUUCAAUCCGGUCACAAUCCACAAUUGGCGAAUCGAACGUUUGGAUCAUCACAUCAAAUCAUUCAAGUUUAUGUUCCAGAUCUUGAUCGUAAUACUGAAGAAGUGAUUGUAUCACGUGGAUUUCUAGCUGAAACAUACAAUAUAACAACCGAUGAUGGUUACAUCUUGAAAGUUAGUCGAAUUGUUGAUCCAAGCGAUAUUAUGCAUGCUAAAAAAUUACAACGAAAACCAAUGAUUCUUGGCCAUGGUCUUUUUAUGUCUGCCGAUUCAUUUUUAAUUAAUUCACCAAUUUUGAAUACCACCGAUUUACCAUAUGGUAAUAAUUUAGGUUUUUCACUCAUGUUAACCGGUCGCUAUGAUGUUUGGCUAGUGAAUUAUCGUGGUUGUGAAUAUAGUCAACAACAUGUUAAUAUUUCCGUAACGGAUUAUAGAUUUUGGCAAUUUACAUUGGAUCAUAUGGCUCAAUAUGAUUUACCUGCUGUUAUAAGAUUUGUAAAAAAUAAAACCAGUUAUAAUGGCACAAUUGGAUAUAUUGGUUAUUCACAAGGUUCAACUAUUGGAUUUGCUUUACUGGCUAGUCAACCACAUUAUGCAAACAUAAUCGAACCAUUCGUUGCAUUAGCACCUGUUGUUUAUUUGGAAAAUUCACGUUCAUUUUAUCGUUAUCUUGCCAGAUUUGUUCCCCUGUUACGACGUCGAAGUCAUAAAUUUUUUCUUUCUACCGCUUUUCUCAAUAAUCUAAUUAUCGGCAGUACUUGUCAUUGGAUAACACCAUUGUGUUCAUUUGGAUUAGCCAUCCGGUUUGGUUUCGCUGAUCAACGUAAUCUAAAUAAAAGUCGUGCUGAAUUAUAUGCACGUUGGUAUGGAACUUCCGAUUGGAAUAUUGUACAAUGGGGUCAAAUAUAUCUGAAUAAUCGUUUUGCACGAUUCGAUUAUGGUUCACCAGAAUUGAAUCGUCAAUAUUAUGGUAUGAAAAUGAAUCCUGAUUAUGAUAUAAAACAAAUAUCACCGAAUGUGAAAAUAAUCAUCAUACAAUCACGUAAUGAUGAUUUAUCAACCAUACCGGAUAUUGAACGUUUAAGACAACAAUUACAAGAUGUUGGCAUCAAAUCAAUUGAUUAUAAAAUUAUUGAUGAUCCACGUUUUACACAUUUAGAUUUUAUGUAUGGAAUGAAUGCUGGAAAAGAAUAUAUCAAUGCACUUAUUGACAUGCUAGCUCGUUAUACUUGACUGAUAUAUUUGUUUUCUUCUGUUCUUUUGAUUCAUCAUUAUCGAUCUCAAAUGAUUUUUUUUCUAAUAUUUCAAUCUAACAAAAUAAAGCUAUCUAGAAUUUUUUUUCCAAGAAAAACCACACCAAAUGAUUAUACU